AUGCGCCGCUGCUCUGGGACCGGCCCAACUUACCCUAAACAACUAAUCUGCUCCUCCCCCGCCCGCUUGGGGCGUACCAUUCGCUUUGGGAAGGUAAGUUUGCCUCAUAUUGUGAAAGUUCCUAGAACACGAAGGCCUCAGAAGCCCGUUGCUCAACGCUCUCGGCGUUGUCCACGGCCCCGGACUCCGAGGCGCGGAACAAAGUGGCACGCCCGGAUCCCAGCUGAUCAGCUGCUGGGCUUUGGCGGUGGUUUCCCCGGGCAAGACCAUCGCCACUCCUUGGGAGGGGUGCGCGCGGAGGGGAGGGGGCGGAGCGGCCAUUGUCCGGUCAGCGCAGCCUCCAGGGGAGGGGAGCGUGUUACGGAGGGAGCGGGGCCUCGGGCGUCACAGCCGCCGCGGCGACUCCGGAGCCGGCGGGGGCCUCUGGUCUGUCCCCGAGCCGCCGCACGGGACCUCGCUGUGGCCGGGGAGCGGCGGCGGGAG